ACUAACCAAUUUAAUAAUUGAUAAAAAAAGAACCAAACUGCGUUAACACAAUUGCAAAUGGCAAUUUACAUUGAUGAAAUUCUUGCUGACAAAAUGAAAGUUAUAUAAUUGAGAUGUUUGUGUGUUGAAUGUUGUUGAGAACAGUGUUCGUUUUGCCUUCGUAAAAAGGAGAACUAAGAACUUCUUUCAGGGAUAUAUAUACAUAGGAACUAAAGGGUCAAUCACGUUUACAAGAAAGAGCGAUUUGAGAACACUAUACAAGACAAUCGUUAGUUCCUGACUGACGUUAAGACCACCUUGUAAAGCACUUCACAGAAGUGACAGAACUAUUGACUUGAAAUCCACAAAACGAGAGAUGGAUGUCGUUAAAGACAACAUGGCAGAAAGUAGGGAAAAGGUCGAUGAAAAUGAUGCAAAGUUGGAGAACAUGAAAGCAGUCGUGGAAAAUCCGGUUGAAAGAGUCGAAGCAAAAGUUGAACUGGUUCAAGGCGAAUUUAAGAAGCAGGAAGAAAGCAAUCGUCAGCUGGAAGAAAGCAAUCGUCAGCAGGAAGAAAGAUAUCGUCAGCUGGAAGAAAGAAAUCGUCAGCAGGAAGAAAGAAAUCGUCAGCAGGAAGAAAGAAAUCGUCAGCAGGAAGAAAGAUAUCGUCAGCUGGAAGAAAGCAAUCGUCAGCAGGAAGAAAGAAAUCGUCAGCAGGAAGAAAGAAAUCGUCAGCAGGAAGAAAGAAAUCGUCAGCAGGAAGAAAAAAAUCGUCAGCUGGAAAAAAGAAAUCGUCGGCUGGAAGUGGACAAUGUUGAAAUGAAGAAAUGUUUGAAAAAAAUCACGAAGCAACUUGAACAAAUGUCGCAACUCAGCAGGGUGGUUGUCGUCGCUGGAGGUUGGAAUGGUAGACCUCUAAAUUCAGUGGAAAUGUUCAAUCCAGCAACAGCAACCUGGUCAUUACUACAACCAAUGAAAGAAUGUCGUCGAUCACCAUCGUCAGUUAUUUACAACAAUCAAUUCCUUGUCACUGGCGGUUGUUCUAAUCUUGGUUUUUCCCAGUCCAUGGAAAAAUUAUCAUUGAAUGAUAUUGUACAAGAUUAUAAGUCCAUACCUUGGGAAAAUUUUCCUGCUCAGUUACCUCACCAGUUAGCAGAACACUGCACUGAAGUUGUUAACGGACGGUUGAUAAUGAUUGGAGGUUAUGAUGCAAACGUACAUGCACAUUCGAAUAAAAUUAGUGAGAUUCCCCUUGUUCCACCUUAUGACCCAGAAGAGUUGACCACCAUGCCACAAAAAAGAUACUAUCAUGGCGUUGCUAUGUUUGGUGAACAGAUCAUUAUUGUCGGUGGAAAAAAAAAUCCAUUUCAUACCCCAGCUCUGCAAAGUGUUUUUAUGUAUGACAUCACUAAGAAUCAAUGUCAAAAGUUGGCCCCCCUCCCCUACCCCGUGAGUGAAAUGGCCACAGUCGAGUGGGGUGAAGACAACGUCAUCAUAAUGGGUGGUGUCGACAGUGAAGGCAAAGUAUUAAGCAAAGUUUUAAUGUACAACAUCAAGACCCAGACGAGUCACAUGCUACCAGACAUGAAGUACAAGAGGAAAGGAUGUGUGGCUGCAGUUGCCAGAGACACCGUGAUCGUGAUGGGAGGCGAGGAUGAAAGAGGAAAAGCCUUGAAAUCUGUGGAAAGUUUUAGAUUUGACAGAUACAGCUGGGGAGAUCUUCCUGAAAUGCACGAGGCAAGAUACUGCGCUACUGCUGUGACCUGGUAAUUGUCCGUAUGAACCAUUUACUUUGACUAUAAAAUCAAAUGUUUGCUGGACAUGUCCUGACCAGAAACUCAUGAUGUUAUUCACAUCAGAAUCUCAAAUCUCUAGGCUAGUCCCAGACUUAACAUGUCUUCAACUUAUAAUUUGCGUAAGAUAGUCUAAUGGCAUAUAUUAAUGGAAGGAAUAAUCCUAUACCUAAUUGAUAUUUUGACUAUAAUCUUAUAUAUCGAUUUUUUAAUAACUAUUCGUUGUGACCCAGUUACUGCUAGUUGCAUUUCAUUGUAAAUUAGGUCGCUGCUAUCCUGUUUUAUGUCUACUUUUCAUGUUAUUUGGUAGGCUUUGAUAUUUAAUUUUAUCUCUUAGAAUGACCUUGCUAAUAUUGGUAAUGAGACAGGCAAGUUAAUAUCUAACCAUAUAUAUUAUCGACACACAUAAAUUAAUCAACUUUGCAAUUUUCUAAUGACAAUAGACAGACAAUGUAAUCUCACACUGUGUCAAUGUCACUUGUAAUUAAAAAUUUUUUUCAAAAAAUAUUCAAAUGUUUCACUUUGUUUUACAAAGAAUUUUGUCAAAUAAAGAUGGAUUAUAAUGUUUGGAAUUCACCUGGUUAGGCUGGAUUUCCACUUAAUUGUUAGCAAAAUGGUUGCAUAUUUACUUUAGAAUUUUAACAGCAUAAAUAAAUUGGUGUAA